AGAGAGAGAGAGAGGGAGACCAUAGGAACGCAGCCGCGGCGGAGAGGCUCGUGUCUCGUGUGUUUGUGCGCGCGUGCGUGGAGGAGGUACGUAGGCUCGGCGCUCGCCUCUGGUUGCUGCUAGAAACGACUGACUGGCCCGGGUUGGAUAUGGAGGGGCUCCGGGAAAUCGCUGGGAAGUGAUCGCGCGACGAGACUGAAGAGAGAAGAAGAUUUAGAAGAAGAAGAAAAAGAAGAAGCAGCGACAGAGGACGUUAUAUACAGAGCGGAUAGGACGGAAACCACGGGCCCAAAGGAGGCGAGAGAAGUCAGAGAGAAGGGGCUCGUCUGGAAGAUAUUCUAAGGUGUGAGCCCGGGGCUGGAUGGGACCCACCAUGCCCCCCAGUAAGAAGGCUCAGAGCCCCAGCAGUGGAGCCAGCGCGUCAGAGGGAAGGAGCCCGCCGUACAGGGGGCAGGGCGAGGCUACAGAGGCAGAGGCGGGCGACCUGUCCCUUUCCCUGUCCGCCUCCUUCUCUAAAGCCGACGACGAGGAGCUGACCAGUCUGUCCUGGCUUCACGAGAGCACAGACCUCCUCAACAGCUUCAGUCACUCGGGGCUGCGCAGCGUGUCCCCCCUCCAGGACGCGGGACACGGCCAGCGCUCGCCCUCCUCCUCCCCCUCCCCCGACGACCCUCUGCUGGGGGACGCACACUCCUUCGACCUGGGCACAGGGGCGAACAGGAAGCCCCCUUACUCCUUCAGCUGCCUCAUCUUCAUGGCCAUCGAGGACGCGCCCAACAAGAGGCUCCCGGUCAAAGACAUCUACGGCUGGAUCCUGGAGCACUUCCCGUACUUCGCCAGCGCCCCCACAGGCUGGAAGAACUCAGUACGCCACAACCUGUCCCUCAACAAGUGCUUCAAGAAGGUGGACAAGGACCGCAGCCAGAGCAUAGGCAAAGGCUCGCUGUGGUCCAUAGACCCAGAGUACAGACACAACCUGAUUCAGGCGCUGAAGAAGACCCCGUAUCACCCGUACCCCCCGAGUCUGGCCACGCCCUCCACGUCCCCGCCCACCCUGCCCCCCCAGACAUUUCAUAGCAGUCCUCCUUUGUGGUCGGGGACUCCUCUCUUCAGGAAGAACGGGGGCGUGCUCCUACAAGGUACUGACAUCUUUCCUCGAGGCGUGAUCCAAAAUGGCGCCCGUGUGAGAAGCCAAGCGCUGUUUCCAGUGAUCAGACCUCUGCCCGUCAGCCCGGUGGGCAGCAGGACCUCGGCCAUCAGAUCCUCCCUGGGAGAAUACCUGAGUAGGGGACAGGACAGCCCGCUGAGAUACUCCCCUCCUCCCUGCGGAGAGGACCUCCAGGAGGACCACACCUACAGCACAGCCAAGUCCCCCUCCCAACCUGGUGCGCCCUCCUCCCCUCUAGACGACGACAUCAUCGCCGUGGAGAUCCAAGAGGAUGUCAAACAGGAGCCCCGCGAGAUACCCCUGGAUUCCCACAUCACGAGCACGGCCUACAUUACCCAGAAUGCCCUGCGCGGACAGAGACGCAACAGUAGCACAGGCCCUGGGGCGAUAGCGUCGGUUGGAGCUGGGACGCUAGCUGGCAGCAGUUUGCCCUGGACCAAAAACAAAGCGCGGGGCAUUAGCGACACGUUGCCCUUGAAGAAGAGGCGCGCGGCGGCUGCUCUGGAGAAACCAGAGAGCGACGACGAGGAGAUGAAGGAAGCGGCCGGGUCACUGCUCCAUCUGGCCGGGGUCCGCGCGUGCCUCAACAACAUCACAAACCGCGCCGCCAAGGGCCAGAAGGAGCAGAAAGAGCAGAAAGAGACUCUGAGAAACUAAGACACACGCACACACGCACAGUACAGUACACACCAGCUCCUCUAAAGCUCCACUGUGGGACAUUUGUAGCACUUGUCUCGCUAUAACCCCGUGUCUCACUAUACCCAAAUACACACUCAAGUCAAGAAAAACUUAACUAUUACUAAUACUAUUUUAAAGGUACGCAUCUGGAUUUCAUUUAGUGUGUAUAAGCUGCUGGUUUGACUUCUUUUACCACUGUCUCUUGUACUAUAUCGCAUUUAUUUUGUAGAAACGGGAGCAGGUUAACAAGGCACACACAUAGCCAAUACUGUUUUCUUUGUCAGCAAAAUGUAAGCGUAAUACAGAUGUUAGAUAUGCCACAAAAGUCACCUUGCUUCAAUAUAAACCAGCAAAACACAAGGUAAUUGUUUGGAUUUUGUGCUAUAGCUAAUGUUGAGUACAGGUGAAUCGAAUUGAGUUCACGCCACGCUCAAGCCACGUCUCUUAGCAUCUUGUUUCUACUAUUAUUAUUAACACUUCAACACAAUCAAAUAGUGUGGGUCUAAUAUAGGACUUGUGUUUUGUGAAAAUAACCAGAUGUGUACAUUUAAACUACUGAUUUUAAUAAAUGGGAAUCUCCACUGUCAAACCAUGCGUCGAGUUCAAGGUUCAAGGUUCGAGGUUCAAGUUUGGCAGUGAAAUGCUAGACUUUUCGCGUAUGUUGCUACCUCCCUUUCUUAAAUACACCUAGGUAAGCCUAUUCAAAUGGUAUCUUCUGCUACAAAUACCCCACAAUGGAGCUUUAUAAGGGGUUAGUAACAGCAUAUUGAUAGGUCAACAGGUAACAGCAUUAGUCUAUGGACACUUCUCAUCUCCCUCUAACUUUAUCUGCAGGGCAUUAGGUGAAUCCUACUUAUUUGUGGCAAUAUCAAAAAUCUAUGUUUUCCUACAUGUUCAACAACACUAACAUCGAUGGGUAUUUCUCAUGUGUCUGCGUAGUUUUUGUUGUUCUAAACGGGGAUGAAAGCCAUACAAAAGUCGUCACUAAUUUGGACUAAAUCGAGUUGUGUUACGAACAGAAGAUGGGUGUUUUGUCUUAUCUGUUUCUCUAUGUCGAUCUGUAGCAAUCUUCCAGCGUCGCCGACAAGACGAGCGGUCGUGAUUUUUAUUUUAUUUUAUUUGUCAGUCCUCCAACCGCAUUUUGUCUUCGUAAAACGUUCGCUCUUGUCGGCUCGCUGACUUUCUCCUAUUACAUCCAUGAGCACAAUUGCGAGACUGUGCCAAAGAUACGCGACCAGGUUGCUUCAUGUAGCCGAUACACACGACAGCUAAAAAAAAAACACAACAAAGAAAAGAGAGAAGGCAUCGUAGAACAAAGCUGGGAACUUUAAGUGUCAAAAUAAUUGUAAAACCCCAAUAUGAUAUAUCUUCAUGCACUUACAAUGAUUUCUACCACUUAUUAACUUAACAACGGACCCUUUUAGAGUUUGACUGACCUGUGUGCACAUGUUUGUUUAGCAGCGUGUUUUUGAAUUAGCAUUGACAAAAAAAUGCUAAUCGUAGCCUACCUAUGCUAGCUUUUUGGAGCACAAAAGAGGUUGCAGUCUAGAUUUGAGUCUUAAGCACCAGCAUUAUAUAUAUUUCUUAACGGGAGGCGGAAGCGCAAGCCUCUAAAAUUAACGUUAAACAAGUAUUUUCAAGUUUUAUGCAGUCAAAAUGAAACAAAACUGCUUGUAUUGCUGCUAACUUUAACAAGAAUGUGCACACAGUUCGCUAAAGUUGUCAUUCAUAAAAGGGUCUAUCGAAGCAUCCAUUGUUUAUUUCAAGAGCACUCAUAGUAUUUAAGAAAAUAUAUAUUAAAAAGCUCAUGUUAGAGAUGGGUAGUGCCGGGUGUGAGGCAAUAUCUCCUUCAUUUUGUUGUUCUUGUUGCUCAAUGUAAAGUCCACAGACAUAGUAGAAUCCUGGUAUCAAAUCUGUAGCUAAUUCCAGCCGCUACCACUCCUCCAGUUCAUUUUAACAGAUACUAUUGACAUGGGUUUUCUGUUGUCUGUUCUCCUCACUCUACCCUCAUAAAGAUAUAAGCAAUUUGUCCCUCGUGGGCAACUAUGUAAAAAGGUUAGAAAAUAUUUUAUUUUUUCCUUUCUUAAUUGAAGCAAUUUGACCUGCAGGACUUUCUCAGUUAUAUUGCAUGGGUGCUUGUAAAUAAGAUAAAAAGCAAAUCUUUUUUAUUCAAAGAUCAUGUAAGAUAAACGAUGUAUUUAGCAUGAAGCAUGACUUAUUUUCAUAUAAACCUUGAUCCUAGAGGAAAAACCGCCAGUUCUUAUACGCGUGAUUAUAAUGGAGUUUUUCUUCUUUGAAUCUUUUAUGGGUUCUUUUUCCUGAGCGGGCGACUAUAGAGUUUUCAGGGAGGAGCAAGGGAGAUCUUUUUGCAGCCGGAAGUCCAUGGGUGACGUUAUAGGGACGCAAACAUGUGCAAAUGGAUAGUGUGGUUACUAUGCCUUUUUGGUUUGAGUAAUACCGGUACAAAUAUUGGUUUUUAGCAUCAUAAUGUACAAUCAAUCAAUGAGGGACACGCUAUGAAAACACUUCCUCUGAGAUAACUUCCAAUCACAACUGGUGAACUACCAAAGAUCGUCAACGACACUUCCAUAAAUGUCCAUCUGCUAAAAUAUGAACAGUGAAGAAAGUGAAUAUAAGAACUGUUUUAAUGGCUUUCUAUAGUCUACACAAUUAGGAUAAAACAUGCUACUUAGCGGUCCACAAGAGCUACAGUAACGGGCUUCCAGUUUUUUAUAUGUUAGAGAAGUAUUGCAUUUUGCGCAAAUUAAUUUCAAAUGUAUGGGUUUUGUCCCUUUUUAUGAAAAUACAUUGACUUUAAUUGACACAUUUUUGAUUAUAUUAAUAAGAAGAAGUCACAGAUAUUGAACCUAAACAUUUGUGUUACUGACUAAUCCAAUUACGCCACUAUAUUUACCCCACAAAGUUAAAAAACUCAACUGUUUUGUAAUUUCCUUUGUUAUUUACACAGGGGGAGUCAACCGGAUGGGACAAAGGGUCUUAGGAGGCCAGAAUUAGACCCUCUUCCUAUUAAUUUAUAUUAGAGGGGGGCCCACAUGAGGCUUCCUGCCCCCGGGCCCCCAAAUUUUUGUUGACGCACAUGCAGAAUCAGAAAAUUUAUGUUAAACCGAGAAAGUGAUUCACCCAAUUAUUUUGUUUUUGUGCACACAUUAUUGCAUAUUUCUACUUCCAUUUAUACUUAAAAUUUCCUAUAAAUAACUCAAUGUAUUUUCUACCUUUAUAAACAACAGUUGUAAGCUAAUUUUGUACAUGUUUACCUCCCUAUAUCUUCUCCCAUGGUCCAUCUCGGUUGCUAAGGCCAGCUGAUUCACCUCACUAAAGUGGUGGGCUUCCGUCUUCUUCUGCCCGUGCCGUGGAUUUUUGGAUGUUUCAGUGUUCUUUGAUCCCAGUGUUAGCCUGUUUCGGAAAACACGUGUGCGUAUCCAAGAGUGUGACACCAACACACACACCCUUUAACAUGGUGCCUGCCUGCCUGCCCGCGAAAUCUUCUCUUGUCAUGUCGGCCAUUUUGAUUUUGAACCUGUUUACCUCUUCUUUGUGCGUGAAUUGUAACUGUCUUUUAUCCCCUCAUUGACAUUGUUGUGUGUCAAAAGUGUGCAUCGAACGGGUGUGGGAAGUAACCUCUCCAAAUACUGUUUUUUGGGAUGGAAAGGAAGAAUGGACAAUUUGAUUUAUGUUUCACAAUAAUCAUUUGGAGUUCAGGCUUGCAUACCGUUCAGCGCUGUACUGUAUAUAUAUGGUUCAAUACAGAAAUCAGAAAUUGUUUUUAUUUUUACAGUUUUGUUUGGUAAACCUGUUAAAUGUGCAUGUGGAUCGCACUUACUGACUUGAUUGAAAUUCAAAAGCGAGUAUACGAGAGCUUUUCGCCAUUUCCGUAUUAGAAGCUAUUACAGAAAGUGCCAUUGUUUUGGUGCGCAUUGCUAAAAAUGGAAACUCGUCAAAGUAUUAAUUGUCCCAGAUUUGGAGUGAUUGUGCAGGUAGAAAGAGCUGCUUUUAGAAAGAAAUUACACACGUUUGGAAGAAAGUAAUGGUUUAUAGCACAGAUAGAGGAUGCUAUAUUGAAGCUAAGACUUUGUCCAUAUCAGUGUAUGAGUGUUAUUAACUUAUUUUCAGUCAAACUUAGAAAGUAUGACAAAACUAGUAAAGAAAGACAUAUUAAAAACGCAUAUUCCUGGCUGGUGCUUGGAUGCGGCUGCAAGGUUAAUCACAAUCAAAUCGAAAUUUCAAUAACGGCUGAAAUUUUUGAAGUACUGUACCAUAAUCUCUUCCAAAAACAACAAAAAGUCCUGUCUUAUUCUGUAUUUAAAAACACAAUCCUGUAGUUUCAAUCUGCACAAACAUGUCCUGAAAUGUGAUUCUUGCAUUAGUUUAUCAGUUCAAAGUUUACUUUUUAAACACGGACACAAGAGCUGACAAAAAUCCUGAAAUAUUGACCAAAUCCUAUCAUUAAAAUCUAAUUACGAUGCUUGUCAAAAAAACAAACUUGCAAUUAGAUAUUUUCCAAAUCGUGCAGCCCUAUGCUUCAAAUUGCAGUUUUUGAUUUUAUCUUUUUAUCUGCUAUUUGCUUCCCCAUUGGCGGCCAUUUUGUCAUGUGUAUCCUAUAGUAUUUAGGCAAAACAUAAAGAAAAUCCCAUAAUUUUAAAGAUACCUUUAAUUUUUGUGGACAAAGUCUUAGUGGGGGAGAUUUGAAGGUCGACUUUUGGUGGCAGAGGUACAAGUGUAGCAGCAGCAUACGCACAGUCCAAACUGAAGUCAUUGUGAAUCAAACGCAUGUCUGUCUCAUUACUGGUACAGUUUUUGCCACCUGUAGCAUGCAUCGCUGCUUUUUCACAUUUUGUAUUCAGUUUCAGUUUCAAAUAGGCCCAGACCAGUGAUUUUCAAACUUAUUUCAAGAAGUGACACCUAAGACCAGAACUAUUCAGUUUUUCAAGUAGGUCAUAAAGUAAAUCAGGUCUUAAUCAUGACUUGACUAAACUAGAACUCAAAACUGGAGUAAUACACGCAGUAAACUACACAGGACUACACCAGAAUAAAGUAUAGAAAGUAACUGCGUCUUCAUUUGGACAGGGACAAUGCACAUAUACCAGUAUUAGCUAUAGAUAUGUUGCUAUUUUUCAAGUGUAAUCCCUGAGCAAAUUGACAAAAUGACCCAUUUAACUCAUAAUUAUUAGGUUUAAAUUUCAAUUUUAUAAGGUUUUAAGUAGGACUAAAGAAAUACGCAUGUUUUCCACUGGUACUUCUUUAGAAAUAUAUGGGGUAACUCGCUUGAAAAAACUCGUGAAAGCUGUGCCAAGUCAAGCAGAGUCAGGCUACUAAGUAAAAGGACAAUAUUAGGACUAAACCAGCUCUGAAUUAACAUUAAAUCAGAUCUGCGCUACUCAGAAAAACACAACAUUUCGAGAAGCACUGGUCUAGAGGUAGCAUUGUCAGACUAUACUAUAUGGCAUUUGUCUCUUGUCAAAUAUCUACCCCUUUUGUUUGGGUCAAGCUCUGUAUUCUCACAGUAACAAUUCCCUGUUGUAAAGUGUUCAGUUGACACCAGGUAUGUCAGCAGCUGGAGAAUAGCUUCCUUUAGUCUAUUUUUUUCUUCGUCUGACUCACCCGAUGACAUGCAGAACUCCUGACCUGUGUCUCCUGAAAACACAGAAAGCACAUUUAAAAGCAAAGCAAAUAUAAGUAGGUCUAUACUGUAUUACUUCACUGCCUGAGCAAACCUAGACAAGUGUUACGGUUUUAUUUUUAUUUCAACCUGCCAAAUGUCAACACUGCUCUCAAAAUACUUGCCGUUUGGACAUGAAGCACUUUUCUGUUUCGUAUCAGUCGUAUAGCUCUUUGUAAUCAACAGCUGCGCAUGUGUUUUGGUGGAGGACUUUAGCAGCAGAUAUCCAAAUUAGAAACAAUAAUGAAAAAUGUGUCUGGAAAACCUAAUAUUGUUAAUUCAUAGCCCGCAGCUAAGUCACGAUUUAGUGCUUUAAAUAGCCCGUAACUGACUUUUAUUUCUUUUAAUUGAGAAUAGUGAUGGACGGAUCAAUACAAAAAUAUUCCUAAAAAAAAGAUAAAAAAAUCCAUUCAAAAAUAUCAAUAUCUAAAAUUUCUCUUAAAAUUUUGCUUUAAAAUUUACUCAAAUUUUAGUUUAUAAAUAAAGUUUACAUCCACAUUAUAUAUUGAAUUUAUUAAAGCAAGGUAGAACGCUUCUCUCUGUACUGAUAAAUGAUAUUGCUUAUACGUUUUAAAAGGCAUUUUGUUGCAUGAGAACCAUACGGAAGCAACUGCUACGUGUAUACAAUUCUAUCCAAUCAGAAACGAUGUUGGAUGAGAACUAUGCGGAAACUAUCCCAGACUGUUGUUUGUCUGUCAUGGUUCAAUGUCAAAACAAGAGAAAGUGGAAAGUGGGCGGGGCUAACAGUUAAUUCGGCCAUGGUUCAAAAUUGAGCACAGGUUAAGCGCAGAUAUUUAUUUUUAAAAAUGAAACGUACUGCCACAUGCACCGCUUUUGAUUCCAAAGACCUACACUGCCAUUAUUCUGGUGUUUGUAUGAGUAUUAUUGGAAAGCCAUAGGUUAGCGAUGUCAAAAUGCAAAACUGUUAUCGAUUUGUCGGAACGUGAUGCAGAGUGCACCGAGGUUUGUGUUUUCAUUUGAUUUUUUACGGUAAAUGUUGAAUUCUCCUUAUUGUGCAAUCAUGCUGCCAAAGAAUGAUUUCAAAACCCUAUCCAUCACUACAUGUAAAUAUCAACGUUGUCCAAUACCGUGGCAAAAAAUAUAUAAAUGUUGUUUUAUUUUGUUUUCCAUUUUCUGAGAACUACAAUGAUGUUUAUGUGAUGUAUUGUCUUCCAGUUGGUUGCAAUAAUAAAAAAUACAAGUUGCGGAA